AUGGCUUUAAUUACCUUGCGGAGGAACCUUUGCCAUUUGUCUGAUUUUCGGAUCCACGGAGCUCUGGCUGCUUUGAAAAAUCAUCCUGUAAAUUAUGUUCACAAGGUUUCCGAGGAGCGUCUGUGUCCGUGGUUCUGUUCACCACAGUCUGAGCCUUUCAGGGUCAGAUUCCAUCAUGGCUGUUGUAAAAAGUUCCAUUCAGAACAUGGAAAUGACCUUAAUCCAGUUGGUGAGCCGGUGCUCUCUCAAGCACAUGAUUGGGAUAGGCCUGAACAAAAUCUUAAAAGUGUGGAUGAACAGAUGUUUUACAGGAGACUAAACAACUUCACCUCAUCAGAAGAAGUGUUAAGUUUUCUAAGCACACUGCAAACUUUGCCUGAUACUCUAGCAGCAGGAGCCUUACAGCGGAUUUGUGAAGUGGAAAAAAAAGAAGGUAAUCAAAAGCUGCCAAAAGAAAUACUAAAGAAUAGUGUCUUUCAGGCCUUAUGCAUUCAGUGUGAACAGGCAUCCUCGGGUCUGCCAGACACCGUUUUGGUGACUGCUUUGCAAGCCCUGACUCUGUUGCACGUGGAUCCCCACAGUAGCUUGUUACUGAACCUGGUGGCCGAAUGCCAGCGUCGUCUCAAACGGGGUGGCCUGGAAGUUCACAGUCUUUGUAUUCUUGGGGAAAGUCUGAUGAAACUGCAAGGUCCAGGCUGUGCGAUGCUAGAACUGAUUAUAUGUCAGCUGAAAAGUGAAAAAUUGGAAGAAUUUACUCCUGAGGAUAUUGUGGCCCUUUAUAGGAUACUGCAGGCUUGUAGUGAAAAAGUGGACCAACACCAAGCAUUUCUAAAUAAGUUAAACAACUUCUCUCUGUCAGUAGUUUACAACUUGAGUCCUACAUUGAUGAGCCAAAUGCUCAGUGCCCUAGCAGUUCUUGAUCAAACUCAGGCGCUUCCUCUGGUUAUAAAAUUGGGAAAAUACGCUGUGAGGCAUAUCCCUCAUUUUACUAAUGAAGAGCUCAGAAAAGUCUUAGAGGCUUUCACAUACUUUGGGCACAAUGACAGAUUUUUUACAAAAGCCCUAGAGCAACAUGUAGCUUCAGUGUGUCUCACUUUGGAUCCUGAGGUUGUCAGCAAGGUCAUGGAGUACUGCAGUAGGAAACGGAUUCUUUCAAAACCCAUCCUCGAUGCGGUGGCAGAAACCUUUGUUUGCCAAUCAGAAAAAUUUUUGCCUCAUCAGAUUUCUGAGUUAAUCGAACCGUUUGGAAAACUCAAUUAUUUGCCCCCAAAUGCCUCUGCUUUAUUUAGAAAGCUAGAAAACACGUUGCUCACUCAUUUCAAUUAUUUUCCACCCAAAACACUACUGAAAAUUCUCCAUUCGUGUUCACUAAUUGAAUGCCAUCCGGUCAACUUCAUGGCAAAAAUAUUCAGCCCUUAUUUUCUUCAAAAGCUGCAAGGUGAAGAAUUGUAUUUGGACAGACUGAGCCUUGCACAGCUGACCCAACUGUUCUUAACCUCAGUCCUAGAAUGCCCUUUCUAUAAGGGUCAGAAACUUCUUCCUAAGUAUCAAGUGAGGUCAUUUCUUACUCCGUGCUCUUCCCUGGAGACGCCUGUGGAUUUUCACCUUUACAAAUCUGUGAAGAUUGGACUGAUUGACCUUUUGGGAGCAAGAUUGUAUUUUGCUUCCAAAGUGUUAACGCCCUAUUGUUACACACUAGAUGUUGAAAUUAAAUUAGACGAAGAAGGAUUAGUACUGCCAUAUACAGUUGAUGAAGAUGUACAUAAAAGGGUAGCGCUGUGCAUUGAUGAUCCAAAAAGAUUUUCUCUGAAUAGCAAACACUUACUGGGAAAGGAAGCUACUAAACAGAGACACUUGCGCUUGCUUGGUUAUCACGUUGUUCAGAUCCCCUAUUAUGAGAUCGAGAUGAUAAAAUCAAGAGUGGAAUUGGUGGAGUAUUUACAAAGAAAACUAUUUCCUCAAAACAUGGGCGUCCGUUGGCAGGGGGAGGCUCUCGCGCUCUCUGUCUCUGUCUCGGCCACACUCUCACUGCCCUGCGCACCCCACGACCCCCGUGUAGACAGGAGAGACACAUUCGAUCACCCCCCAAAGCCUGCAGGAGCAUUCGAUGGCCGGCCCUCCCAGCUAGCCUUGCGCUGCGGGCCCCGGGCUGGGGGACGCCACACCAAGCAUCAGGUCAGCGGUUUCCCGGACCCCCGUGAGCUCCUGGGAGCAGACCCCUUGUUCUCUGGAGGUUUUCAUGCAGGGUCCUAUUUGGAUGUUUUUGGUUACUGCACCAUGAAAGAGGACCUAGAGACCCUGCUGGCCUUGCAACAGGCCAACAUCAUAGCCAAUUACGCGCAGCACGCCCAGCAGGGUCUCCACAGGACCCAUGGGAAGAUGCUGAGCUCUCGUUGUCCAGGCUCACGGACCAUCAUGGCUUUCUGCCGGUUCCCCGAACUACUGAGAUUCCAGGCCCAUGACGAGCUCAUUCUAGCAGAAGAACUCCCAAAGUUUAAGAAGCACCUGGCGACUCUGGGAUGCCUACAUCCUGGAUGUGAGCGCAUGCUCCCAGACAUGGCAUACAAUAUCCUCAAGGUGCACAGCAAACGCCUCCUGAAGCUGCCCCUGGAAGGACCUCAGGAGUUUCUGCAGGACACCCUGGCCCAGCCCCGGGACCUGGAGGAUGAGGUGGUGCUCAGAUACCUUUGGGCCUCCAUGGCCCAGCUGAAGGAUGAGGCCCAAACUCCCAACAUGAGCAGCCAGACCCCUUCUGGCCUGUCCAUCCUGAAGCCCGAGGAGCCGCUGCAGGAGGGAAUGUCCACAGAGCCCUCAGCUGCCCACCUGUGCCAGGGGGCCCCAGGGACUCAGGUUCUGGUCCGGCUGCCCCCAGCCCAGGACCCCUCGCUGGCCCACCUGUCCCCACAGUGA